AAUGAAGAGGAUGAGGACCAGCCUCUCAGCCUGGCCUGGCCUGACACCCCACGCAAGCAGCUCACCUACCUUAUUGUAUUACCCAUUGUUUUUCCACUGUGGGCUUCCCUCCCUGAUGUCAGAAAACCUAGCUCAAGAAAAUUUUUUCCUAUCACAUUUUUUGGCUCUAUCAGCUGGAUUGCAUUUUUUUCUUACUUAAUGGUCUGGUGGGCACAUCAGGUUGGAGAGACCAUUGGUAUUAGUGAAGAAAUCAUGGGAUUGACUAUUCUAGCUGCUGGCACAUCCAUCCCUGACCUUAUUACCAGCGUUAUUGUAGCACGCAAAGGUCUGGGGGACAUGGCUGUAUCCAGUUCUGUUGGAAGCAACAUAUUUGACAUCACAGUGGGCCUUCCUCUUCCGUGGCUCCUGUAUGCUGUGAUUAACAGCUUUGCAGCAGUGACAGUCAGCAGCAAUGGUCUGUUCUGUGCGAUUGUCCUCCUCUUCAUCAUGCUGCUCUUUGUCAUCCUCUCCAUCGCUUUCUGCAAGUGGAGGAUGAAUAAAAUCCUGGGCUUUCUCAUGUUUGGGCUUUAUUUUGUGUUCCUAAUUGUCAGUGUCCUCCUGGAGGACAAAGUUAUCCAGUGUCCUGUCUCCAUCUAGUGGAAAGUGCUGUUUCU